AAACAGGCACUCACUCUCUGCCGAGCAGCAUGAAGAGAAGCAUCUUUCACUGGGGGGAGCUGGGCAGUAGGUUCAGGGGAUCGAAACCCAACAAAGUACGAAAACUCAUCCAGGCCACCCCUUGGGAAGAACUUGCCGACAACGAGGAAAUUGACCACAUCUGCUGCAGCCCUCAUCUGACUGUGUUCAUCCUGAGGGAUGGCAGGGUUUAUACACGGAGCAACAGCCACAAGAGGAGUGGACAACUAGAGCUGAUCACUGCGAUACAGGACGAGAAGAUUCAUACAGCGGACAUCGGUGGCUCCAACAUCCUCUACGUGUCUGAAGCAGGAAAUGUAUACUUCAGUAAAGUCCCAAACCAAAAAUGUGGAGUGGCAAAUAAAUCUUUCAUCGUCACAAAACCAAAGUUACUCAGCAGCUUUGCAGGGAGGUGUGUCGUUCAAGUUGCCUGUGGAAGCAAUCACUCUCUGGCUCUCUGCAAAGAUGGUCAAGUCUUUGCGUGGGGCAAGAACACAAAUGGUCAACUGGGAGUGGGCGAGGCCGUUGGUACCACACACAGUCCGCAGCGCGUGACAGCGCUGGCUGGUAUUCCCUUGGCUCAGAUCGCAGCGGGAGGAUCCCACACCAUUGCAGUGUCUCUGUCAGGGACAGUGUUCGCUUGGGGAGCAAAUCACCGUGGACAGCUGGGUCUAAACGAUGUGAAGGCUCGAUACCAUCCCACUUGUGUGAAGCUUCUGGAGUGUAAGAAAGUCGUGCAGGUGUCCUGUGGGGCCCACCACACUGCUGUGCUGAACAAGGAUGGGCUUGUUUACACCUUUGGAGCGGGAACGUACGGUCAACUCGGCCACAACUCUGACAGAGACGAGCUGAAACCUCGGCUGCUCGAGGGGCUGGAUGGAAUCAAAGUCUCCCAGAUUGCCUGCGGGAGCUCCCACACCAUGGUGUUCAGUUCGGCAUCGGGGCAACUCUAUUCCUUUGGCCGUGGAGAGAACGGGCAGUUGGGAACCGGACAAACCAUUGACCAUUUUGUGCCUUGCCUGGUCACUUUCUCAACAGACGGGACCCACAACCUGCAGCCUGCUCCUGGAGGUCUGCUCCAACCAGCUGUGAAAAGGAUAUUUGCUGGAGCCAACCAGAGUGUUGCCUUGUGCUUUGGUGUUAAGGUCACGACCACAGUGGAGGAAAUUCUAAUUCCCUCCUUGACCAAGUCUCCUGCUGGUGUGGAAGCUCUUCGAGUCUAUCUUGUUCUGCCAGAACUCAUAGAUAUCCAGAUGGAGGAGAACAACUCAGUGAAACUUGCAGGUCUUCUGAGUACAGCCAUAGUGGCUCUGGAAGAAAGCCAACUGCAGAUACUUGAAUCGUGGUGGAGUAGCCUCAAUGAAUUUUUUUUCAACAAACUGGUGAAUUUGUACAGAAGUGCAUCGCACUUCCUUCUUCAGGGGACCUCUAGCAAGCAAGAGACAUUUCCUAAAGUACUUCACAGUUGUCUAUCUAUUUUGCAGAGGCUUUUUAGGGUCAAUUCCACCAGAAAGCCUAAAUACCAGGAGAACAAAUUCUACAUCUGUGCACAAGAAGUUUUUGGUGACACACGUGUCUACUGUAAAGCAUUGCUAGAACUAAUUCCCUACCCUUGUAUUUUUAAUAUGGAAACCAAAGUUAAGAUUUUUACGAUAAUCUGUCAGCUGAGUAUUUCUAAUGAGAAUAUCACUGAUUACGGUAUAAUAUUGGGCAAUAUUAACAGCACUAAUGCAUCUGCUUUGAUUAUCAAUGUAUCUGCUGGUUUAGAAAUGGAUGCAUGUACUGAAAACAUUGUUGCUUCUGCUGGAGAUACUGUUACAUCCACUGGGAUCGUUGAGGCUUCUGCUGGAGAUACUGAUACAUCUACUGGGAUCGUUGAGGCUUCUGCUGGAGAUACUGAUACAUCUACUGGGAUCAUUGAAGCAUCAGCUGAAGAUACCGAUACAUCUACUGGGAUCAUUAAGGCUUCUGCUGGAGAUACUGAUACAUCUACUGGGAUCGUUGAGGCUUCUGCUGGAGAUAUUGAUUCAUCUACUGGGAUCGUUGAGGCUUCUACUGGUGAUAUUGAUACAUCUGGGAUCAUUGAGGCUUCUGCUGGAGAUACUGAUACAUCUACUGGGAUCAUUGAGGCUUCUGCUGGAGAUACUGAUACAUCUACUGGGAUCGUUGAGGCUUCUGCUGGAGAUACUGAUACAUCUACUGGGAUUGUUGAAGCAUCAGCUGAAGAUACCGAUACAUCUACUGGGAUCAUUGAGGCUUCUGCUGGAGAUACUGAUACAUCUACUGGGAUCAUUGAGGCUUCUGCUGGAGAUACUGAUACAUCUACUGGGAUCAUUGAGGCUUCUGCUGGAGAUACUGAUACAUCUACUGGGAUCGUUGAGGCUUCUGCUGGAGAUACUGAUACAUCUACUGGGAUUGAAGCAUCAGCUGCAGUUACCGAUACAUCUACUGGGAUCAUUGAGGCUUCUGCUGGAGAUACUGAUACAUCUACUGGGAUGAUUGAGGCUUCUGCUGGAGAUACUGAUACAUCUACUGGGAUUGUUGAAGCAUCAGCUGAAGAUACCGAUACAUCUACUGGAAUCAUAGAAGUCUCAAAUGAGAACACAGAAAUACCUACAAGGGACAUUGAAGCCUCAACUGGGAACCCUAAUGCAUCUGCUGGGAUCAUAGAUCUCUCAGCUGGAAACACUGAUGCAUCUAACAGUAUUCUUGAUGCUUCCAGCGCAAACAUUGAAGUCUCUAUGCAGAACAGUACAUUCACAGAUAUCGAUCAUAGUUUGGAGUUUGAUAUUUCUACCAGUGUAACUGACGAACCUAUCGGGAUUGUUGAUGCCCCACAGAGGAACACUAAUGGCCCUACUCAGAUCAAUGAUGUCUUGACUGCAAGCACUGAGACAUCCACUGGGAACAUUGAGAUAUCUACUGGGAUGAUUGAAAUGUCAGCUGGAGAUAAUGAGAGCACUGAAACAUCGACUGGGAACACUGAGACAUGUGCCAGGAUGAAUGAUGUACCAAAUGGGAACUCCGAAACAGCUACUGAGAUAGCUACUGGGAUAAUUGAAAUCUCAACUGGGAUCAGUGAUUCACUUACUGAGAUCAUUGAAGCCUCAGCUGGAGAUAAUGGGAGCACUGAAACAUUGACUGGGAACACUGAGACAUGUGCUGCGAACAUUGAAACAUCCACUGGGAACAUUGAGGCAUCUACUGGGAUAAUUGAAAUCUCAGCUGGAGAUAAUGGGAGCACUGAAACAUCGACUGGGAUGAUUGAGAUUUCUACACGGAACCCAGAAUCAUUGACCGAAAUCAUUGCUACUUCUUCCAGGACUGUUGAGACGUCUACUGGUAACACUAAUGACUCGAAUGGGAUCGUUCCUGCCUCUGCACUAAGCCUCGAGUUAUCUGGUGGGAUCGACGAGAACUCCACUGAUGUCAAUUUUGAAUUUAAUUCAACUGCUGAAGAGGACGAUUGGGGGGAUGACUCUUUCUAUUUUGACUUUGAAAUUACUCCCGAUGUCCUUGAAAGGGCACUGGUCAAAUUUACAGGUGAGAUCGCCAUUGACGAAGGUGGAGUUUCACGGGAGUUCUUCUCUGUUAUUGCCGAGGAAUUUUGCAGUCGACCAAAGAUCCUCAAGCAAUACGAUGAAUCCAGACUUGUUUGGUUCCCGGAAUGGGAGCCAGAAAUCAAUGAUGUAUUUCGCCUGCUGGGCAUUAUCUGCUGGCUGGCCCUGUACCAUGGUUAUGUGGUGGACUUCCACUUCCCAUUGGCCCUCUACAAGAAGCUGCUAAAUGAGCAACCUACUCUCGAUGACCUGAAGGAACUCUCCCCAACAGUCGGCCGAAAUCUUCAGGAGCUUCUCAAUUAUGAGGGUGAUGACUUGGAGGAGAUAUUCUGCAUGGAUUUCACAAUUGGGGCAGACAUGGCUGAUGGAUCAAUAACCCGACAUGAACUCAUUCCUAAUGGGAAAAAUAUUCCAGUGCAAAGCCACAACAGGUCAAACGCCAGUUACGGGUCGGGCUACACAAGAAUGGAUGAAGCCAUUGUCCAGUUCUGGCAGAUGUUUCAUGAGCUAACCCAGGAGGAGAAGAAGCAUUUCCUGGCCUUCCUCACAGGUUGUGACAAGGUUCCCAUUGGAGGCAUGGGCAAGUUCAGGAUCGUCAUUCGGGAGGAUUUCAGACCUGAUCCGGAUUUGUACUUCCCGACUGCUCACACCUGCUACCAAAUGCUGGAUCUGCCCCGGUACAGCAGUGCGAAGAUCCUGAGGGAGCGGUUCCUCCGAGCGAUUGGAUGCAGUCGGGGGUUCGGGAUUGCCUAGUGGCUGAAAUCAUCUGCUGCUCCUGAGCGUCUCUGAGCGAGUGGAAAUCAUGUUGCACGUGCCCAAUGGUUCAGUGGUUUCUUUAUUAUCACGUGUAGCAAGGUACAGUGAGAAGACAGUCUCAGCAAGACCCAGGCAGAGAUGAGG